CCCGCCCGUGACGCUCUCGCGCUUCCAGCUGCUUCCGCGGGGGAGGUCGCGUCCCUCUCGAGUUCGCCUUUGUCUCGCUCUCUCUUCCCUCAGGCCGCCUGAGGGGAGGCGCUGCCCCCUGGGCCCGCUUGGCGGGAAGCGGGCGGCGCGUUCCCCGGCUCGGGCGGCCCCGCUGAGAACAGGAAGCGCUGCUGGGGAGGCGGCGUUUGCAGCAGCCGCGCGGGGCCCGGCCGGGGCUCUCGCGGAGCAGCUGUUGGCGAGUGCCCGGGCGGCCCCGGGAGCGGGCAGUCGGAGCUGGGGCGGCUGAAACCGCGAAACCGAAUCCCGGCUGCUUUCGGUGCCGGAUGUUGAUGCCCAUGAACGAGCAGCGGGUGGAGCGGAGCCACCGCGGAGCGGCGCGGGUGCGAGUUUCGUUUUGCGGCUGAGGUUUAUGACUCCGUGUGUACUUUGAGCGGAUGUCCUUGAUGAGUGAGCGCGGAGAAAGUUUUACACCUUAUUUAUAAAGCGGUACGAUCUCUGAAACAGCAAGAGCCGGUCCCAGGGAUGCGUUGUUGAUGGUGCUGGGGGGCAGGAGUGGCUGAGGGUGCCAGCCCCAGUUUUCCUUUCACAAUGUGACCUGACACACCAGCACAGCAAAGAGCUGCCUUUGCCGAAGAAUGAGCACAUGCCAGUGGUGUACGCCGAGUGGUCCUGAUGCCACCGAGUUCCUCAAGAGCUAUGCUUAUCAACAGCUGUCCCCGGAAGACUUUGAAGGAUCCAACGAUGAUCUCUGCUACUGUCUGGACUGUGUGGUCGAGUACCACAAAGCAAGGGAAAAAUUGCCGAAUUUGCAUGAGGUCUUGUGGGACUUGGAAACCUCCCGUCUUGUGGCCCACAUGGAGAAAUCCAUGCAAGAAGAAGCUGCGGAAGAUGAUGAGUUGUUUAUAGUGGAUGAGAAUGGAGAAACACAGCUGUCUGGUUAUUUGGGCCCGGAUUUUGAGAAUAACCUGCGAGUGCCCCUUCUAGAAAUACUGAAAUAUCCAUAUCUGCUGCUGCAUGAGAAAGUCAGUGAGCUGUGUGUGGAAGUGCUCUGUAGAAUGGAACAAAGUCACAGCUCCUUUCAGGUCUUUGAGAAAUAUCCAGGAAUUUAUCUGUUUUUGGUACACCCCAAUGAAGUGAUUCGUCGAUGGGCCAUCCUAACAGCAAGGAAUUUAGGGAAGGUUGACAGGGAUGAUUACUAUGACUUGCAGGAAGUGCUGACAUGCCUGUUCAAAGUUAUUGAGCUUGGGCUUUUUGAGAGUCCAGAUAUUUACAGCUCUUCAAUGGUUGAAAAGGGGAAACUCAUCCUUUUGCCGUCCCAUUUGUAUGAUACUGCGAACUACAAGAACUAUUGGCUAGGGAUUUGCAUGUUGCUAACAGUGCUGGAAGAACAAGCCAUGGACUCCUUGUUACUGGGCCCAGACAAACAAAAUGAUUUCAUGCAGACUAUACUUCACACCAUGGAGAAAGAAACAGCUGAUGAUUCCACUGACCCCUUCUGGCCAGCGCUCCAUUGUUUCAUGGUUAUUUUGGAUCAGCUCGGAUCUAAAGUGUGGGGUCAACUUAUUGAUCCUGUUCAGGCCUUUCAAACCAUUAUCAACAGUGUGAGCUACAACAACGAAAUAAACAAUAUACGCGGUAGCUUUAAGAGGACAAAAUCUGAACCAGAGUCAGACUACAAUGAUGGCAUGGAGACCUGCAGUCAGAUUGUGUAUAAUUAUAACACAGAAAGGCCUCAAAAGGAUGCUGGGUGGAAGACGGCCAUUUGUCCAGACUACUGCCCCAACAUGUAUGAAGAAAUGCAAACGCUGGCUAACGUGCUUCAGUCUGAUAUCGGCAGAGACAUGCGUGUCCACGACAGCACGUUUCUGUGGUUCAUCCCUUUUGUUCAGUCACUUAUGGAUCUCAAGGACUUGGGCAUAGCAUAUAUAGGAGAGGUCAUUCACUACCUCUGCUCAGAAAUCACAGGUAUUCUCCAUGAAAGAAUCCAGCAGUGCGACAAAGUCUCUGAAUUUUUUCUCCUCAUCUUGGUGUCGAUUAUUGAGCUGCAUCGCAAUAAGAGGUGCCUGCAUUUGCUAUGGAUUAGCUCCCGGAAAUGGGUGGAAGCAGUGGUGAGUUGUGCGAAGCUCCCAGCUGUAGCAUUUACACGAUGCACUGAGAAGGCGUCUGGACCCUGCGUGAGGAGUUCAGCAGUAUCUUCACAAGCUUCCAGCUCUGUGCAGCAUGCCUGCGUGCAGCUGAUACGCAGUCUUCUUAGACAAGGCUACCAAAUUGGGCAGAAUGCCCUUUGCAAGCAUUACCUAGACAAACUCAAUCUUUUUCUGCGAGGAAAUCUCUCUUUAGGUUGGCAGCUGAACAUCCAGGAAACCCAGGAGUUACAUACGUGUUUAAAGCAAGUUAUAAGAAAUCUAAAGGACAGACCUUCAAAUUCCCCUGUGCCUACAGGAAACAAUGCGAACUCUGCAACUCCGCCUGCCGUUUCUGUAAAGCAAGAGAAGGCUGCGCAUGGCAGGGGUGAGCCUGGGUCACCGUUUGUGGAUGUAUCGAAGGAAGGUGGAGAUGAAGGUUGUCAAGAGAACCCUUUCACUAGAAGACAGAGCACCUGGGAAGAGGAAUGUAGAGAUGCAUCCAAAAGUUUGACAACUCAGACAUCCACAGGAGACCUUUGGAUGAGUAUUAAAAAGGAACCUGGUGACUCGACAAAUCAGGAAUAUGCCUUUCCACAGAACUCUUUGGCAACAAAAGUAUGUGGGGCAAUUCAGGAAAAUAGGAACAACGAUCUUGUGGCAGGGAAGUGCGAUACAGACAAUCAGUGCUUUAAUUCAAAUGCCCAGCCUUCAGAUUUCAGAAGAGGCGGGGAGCUGGAAAACAAAUGUGAAGCAGGACCCAAACCACCAAUGCCUCUGGUUACUCUAACUCGUCUUGAUUCUCCAGAACACAUUUACGGUUCAGAUGUAAAGGAAAGCAACAUGUCCUCCAGUUCCUCCUCAAAGUUUAAAGUAGAUGCACAUAGGCUCACAAAUUUGAAAAACAAGUUACAGAAAACUGGAUGGUCCUCAAAGUUACCGUUGCUAGCAAAGCCGCAUGACUUGCAAAACUGCACUUUAGCAACCAAAGCAGAGGUAGAACAACCGAAGUUUUGCACUGACCAUCUGUGUACAAGCGAAGAUUGUCAGAAACACCAGGGAGUGAAUGCUGUGGGUAAAAAUGCAAUCCCUGUUGAUACUCCCUCUUCAGGGAGUUGUGAAAGUACACGGGAGAAAAGUGUCAACGGUGCUUUUCAAUCCAGACCGGUCCUCACUAAAGAAACACCACUAGAGUGCCCUGGCUCCUCUAAAAGUGAACCUGGUAUGUGGGCAAAUGAAGAUAACAGGAAUUUGCAUUCAGGGAUUAGUGACACCUUACAAAAAAAAGUGUCCACUGAAGAAAAAUCAAGGUCAUUGUUGAAGUCUGUGUUUAAGCAAGACUCCAACAUAGAAACUUCAGACCAGGAGCAGCCUAAUCUAAAUGACUUGGUUAAACCUGACUGCAAAGGUCAAAUUUCAAAUACAUUCUGUAUGGAUAAAACUUGGGCAAAUAAUUGUGUUCCAUGUACUUCUGAAAACAAGCAGGAUGUACCCAGCCCUGCCUCUCAGAUCAGACCACUCGCGCUGAAGUGUGAAUCCAGUGACACGUUGCUCAAAUUUUCAGAAUAUUUCAAGAGAGGAAACAAUUCAGUGGUGAAGAAAGAGGAGGAUUUUGUGAAGGUGGUUUCUGAAGAUAAUACUUUGACAGACUCCCAGGUUGACAGAGAUAUCAGUAAACUAUCUUUAGCUGCAUAUGCCAAAAGUGUCAAUUUUUCCUUUGAUUCGAGCCAAGAAAGCUCAGUACAUCAUAACGUAUGUGAUAUUAAAAGGAAGGUGAAAGGUGCUGUAAGGUCUUCCAGUGACCAGCGUACCAAGUCUCCCUGUGAUGCAGAUCGCCUUGACGAUCAAAUCAUUACAAUUUCAGACUCUUCUGAUGAAGAAAAAAGUGUGGCUGAUAAGGAGGAAACAAGAAAAAUGAAUGCAAAUGUGUGUCCUGAAAAGCAGCCUUCAACUUCCAGCUGUGUUUCUGAUAGUGGUAUCAAAACAGAACCUGGGGUACCAAGCUCUUCCUUGUCACUGGAAGACUGUGAGUCUCAGUACUUUGAAUUUGAAACAGAAGAUGAUGUAUUUUCGGUUUGGCAAGAUACUCAAGCAAUGGAAGCAACUCAAGACUAUAGUACAGAAACAACUCGAGAGUAUAAACCAGAUUGUGAAUCAUCAUCAGCUGAUAGUAAUUCAGGUGACUUACUGAAUGAUCACACAAAUGAAUGGGGUUAUGAUAUGGAUUACAUAAGUGAUGAUACCAUGGAAGAAGAAGCAAACUUGAUAGAAAAGCAGAUAGAAAAUACUUCUCAUCAGAAGGAAGCUGGUAAUACAGAAAGAGCCACUGAUUCCACAGGGCAAGAAUCUGUUAGUAAGGAAAGUGCAAAAGAUCAACUGGAGAAUUUUGCAGACAAAGAUGCUGUUGCUAAAGACUUCACCCAGGGCUCAAAACUGACUGAGCCCAGACCAUCUACAUCUAAGAUGACAUUAGCUUCAAAGCUGGCCUGUAAGAAAAAUAGCACAAGCCCACAGCAGAAUAUAAGAAAAUCUAAGGUAGCAAGAAAUAUUCAGAGAAGUCCUAAAAAACCUUCUGUUCCUAAAACAGCUCAAAGUAAAAAACUACAAAGUACGUCAAAAAAUUCUCAGCCUGGCAGGUCGAUGCCUGCUGUGGUUCCUCCCAAGAAAGUUCGGCCGCGUCCUGCACCAGAGUCAGUUGCAGAAAAACAUGGUCUGAAGAAGGGGCCUCGCAAAGCGGUUGAAUUAUCCCAGCGCUCUUUAGACUGCAUAGCUCAGCUGCGCAGCCAUGGUAAAGCUGCGGGGAGAGUCGGAGGUGCCCAGAAACAGAAAUCGUCUGCGAAACAUAAUAAAAACGUGUUAGCCUCCCGGGAGGUUCAGUUUUUAAGGCAGACAAGGCCCCAAAAUAGUGCCAGAGUGAAAAAUCAUGCAGGAAGUUCUGAGAGCAGGAACAAAAAAAUCAGCAAAGGGGUUGCAGAAUCUAUGAAACAAAAGCCUCGAAGUUUUGAAUGGCGAUAUGUUGAAAACCAAAGAGGGAAAAGAAAUGAGGAGACUCUUUGUCCCUCUGCCAGUGAGAGAAAAUUGGAAAGCCUCGCUGUGGAGAAGCAGACGAGUGUCUCUGAACUGCCUGGUUCUUCAGACUCAAACAGAAAGUCAGAGGGUGACAGUACAAUGAUUCCUCCGGUACUGAUGGAUUCAGGUCUCUCUUUAUCAUCCUCAACAAGUGCAGCAAAAGAUGAACCUUCAGGAAGAGGUUCCAUUGUCCAGCCUGAGUGUGAGAAGACAAUUUCAAAAGAAAAUGGAGGUAAACCAAACGAAAGCAGUGAAGAUGAUGAUGGUGAUCUAUUUCUAACUCAGUUAGAUCCUGUGGGUGUGGAAUUAUGCUCUGAGGAGGAAAGUGUUAAAGGUACUACUGUAGAUAGUAAAAACCCAGAGGAAAUGGAUACUGCUGAAAGCCCUCAGCAGAAUGAAUCCUCAGCUACUGUGAAAUGUAAGUACAAAGACUGUGUGGAAAAAGUGGAAGAACCAGGAGAGCACUGCAGCAAGCAUUCAGCCGCCAGCUCGGAUGCAGAUCACUUGUUUGCCAAACCUUCUAUCCCGCCACCUUCUAAAAUAAGAAAGCCGUCCACUACCAAAAUUUUCAGCUCAGCGAGUUCUUCGCGGAACGCAGCCUUCAGCAGGGAUCUCGAAGAUGUCCAAAAGCUGCCGCCAGCUUCAAAAAGCAAAGUGAACAUAGCGAAAGCAGCAGCGGUCAGGCCGCCAAAUGUGAGGGCUGUGCCCACGGGAAAUCAAACCUGCGCGGCUCCAAGUUCUAGUAAUGUACCUCAACCCCGUAUUUGUAAUAACGUUUCCCAGCCACAAAAUAGACAGAACGACAACGCUUCAAAUGUUUCCAGGAGGCCUGUCCGAGAGGCGUCUUAUUCCUAUGCUGCUGCUCGGCAGCUUGAUCACAGUGUUUUUGUUAAUCAAGUCCUACAGUGGACUUACGACAUGUUUGCCAGCUGCAGCCAGUUCGGACCUCCAAAUCACCUCCUGCAGUCUGUAGUCGCCCCUGUUCCUGUCCAAUUUCAGGGAUACACUGACUAUUUUAAUACAUUUUUCCCCUUGAUGAUGCUAAAUGCCUUUGAAACGCUGGCACAAGAGUGGAUAGAAAACCAGAGAGUAAGAGAGAGGAGUUACUGCUUCUGGUUACAGAACUUCUGUGCUGACUUGAAUAGAGCAGAUUUUACAGCUCAUUUUAAAGAAAGCGAUUUGGCAAAGCAGCUGCAUCCAAAGGAGGAUGACUUAAUCUUUCUGGUGGUCCAAAACAGAAGAGACACCUUUAGGGAAGAAAGCGAGAUGGACAACGUUAUAGUGAGUCACGUGGGGUUAGUGACACGAUUUUCUCGUGCAUCUGGCUGUUCAUCUAGACAACAGGAGCACCAUACUGCCUGUCAUCUUUCUGUCCAAACUCGAGGCAAUUUGUCACCCUUCCUAAAUACGCAAGUGAAGUGCGUGGUGGUUGGCUCCCUGGUGACCACGCACCGAAUGUUCAGAGGUUUACUGCUGUUGAACAGGAGUCCCCUGGCCAAACCCAUCAUAAACCCAAGUUACAAUGACUUCUGUCCCAGAGAUUUGGUCGUGGCUUCAGAAAAUGCUGCAUCAGAUAUGAACGAAUACAAUGAAGAUCAAAAGAGAGCCAUUGAGACAGCUUAUGCCAUGGUAAAGCAACAUCCAGGGCUUCCCAAGAUCUGCCUCAUCCACGGACCACCCGGAACAGGGAAAUCAAAAACUAUUGUUGGGCUUCUGUCUCGGGUUCUGAAAGAAAACACUAGGAGUGAGAAAGCAACUCAAAAAACAAAUUCCAAGAUGAAGCCAAACCGUUUUCUAGUUUGUGCACCAUCAAAUGCUGCUGUCGAUGAACUCAUGAAAAAGAUCAUCACUGCAUUUAAGGGAAAAUGCCAAAACAAACAGCCUUUAGGAAAUUGUGGUGAUAUCACAUUAGUGCGACUUGGUGCUGAAAAGGCAAUCAACAGUGAAGUCCGGGGAUUCAGCCUGGAUAAGCAAGUUGAACACAGAAUGAAACGAAGGCCAGCAGACUGUGACCAGGAUAUUCAGAAGAAAAAAGCAGCUCUGGAUCAAGAGCUGGACCGGUUGUCUCGUCAGCGUGCCAGGGACAGAUGUGAGAAGAGGGAGAGUCAGAUGUUGGCUGCUGAAAUUUCCAGACUUGCAAAGGAGAGACAAGAACUUGCUUCUCAAAUAAAGGAGGUUCGGGGGCACUCUCAGAAGGUGCAGGCGGACAUCAUCCUGGAGGCAGACGUCAUCUGCUGCACGCUGAGCACCAGCGGAGGGGGGCUGCUGGAAUCCACUUUUGCGCGACAGCGACUCGAUCCUUUCAGCUGUGUCAUUGUGGAUGAGGCAGGGCAGUCCUGUGAGGUUGAAACGCUGAUUCCACUGAUCCAUCGCUGUAAUAAACUUGUCCUUGUUGGAGAUCCCAGACAGCUCCCUCCUACUGUGAAAUCAGUAAAAGCUCAGGAUUACGGCUACGAUCACUCCUUGAUGGCUCGUCUGCACCAACACCUGGAGCAGCAAGUGCAGAACAACGUUUUACGAAGCCUCCCCGUUGUGCAGCUGACUGUGCAGUACAGGAUGCACCCCGACAUCUGCCUCUUCCCAUCCAAUUACGUUUACGGCAGGACUCUAAGGACUGACAAAGCAACAGAAGAGAACAGAUGUUCUUCAGAGUGGCCAUUCCAGCCCUACCUUAUUUUUGAUGUAGGAGAUAGUCGUGAGGAGCGAGACAAUGACUCUUUUAGUAAUCCUCAGGAAGUGAAACUGGUGAUGGAAUUAAUUAGAACAAUUAAAGAAAAAAGAAAGGAUCUGGGUCUUCGUCGCAUUGGAAUAAUUACCCCUUACAGUGCACAGAAAAAGAAAAUUCAAGAACAGCUGGACAGAGUGUAUAGGAAUAACAGCCCAGGAGAAGUGGACACAGUGGAUGCGUUCCAGGGACGAGAGAAAGACUGUAUCAUAGUGACGUGUGUCCGGGCAAACAGCACCAGAGGGUCCAUUGGGUUUCUGGCAAGUCUUCAGCGUCUGAAUGUUACAAUUACCCGAGCCAGAUUCAGUCUCUUCAUCCUUGGAAGACUGAAAACGCUCAUGGAAAAUAAAGACUGGAAUGAGUUGAUUCAGGAUGCUCAGAGAAGAGGUGCCAUUAUCAAGACAACAGAAAUAAGCUACAGGAAGGAUGCCGUUAAGAUUUUGAAGCUCAAGCCAACCAUCCAGGCCCCGACCGAACCAGGGACGAGGAAACCUCUGCCGGCUGCUUCUUCCAGCAGCAAGAGGGGCGAGCAUCCCAACCCACGGGACCUCACCAGCCCCCAGGGCAGCCGAGCGCACCAGCAGCCGCAGAGGGCUCAGGCUGCGGACUCCAGGAGAGGCGGCACCUCCGCCCCCGUGGAGGCUGCGGCCGUUCCAACCGAUCACGAGAAACCGCGCGACCCGCGGCUGGCGAGUCUGGCUAGUAGAACUGAAAGCAAAGGGAAGGAGCCGGCCUCGGGAGACAGCAGUCGCUCAGCCCAGAGCAACCCGGGGUCGACGUCGCAGCAAGGCCAUGAUGUGUCCUCGGCUGCCAGGAAUCAGAUUUCCAGAACAGAAAGUUUUAAGAAGCCCCAGCAAAUGAUGGGACAGUGUGACGCGCUUUCUGCGGCACCGUACGCCGCUCGGCACGAGGGAGGCUGGAGAGCUGCUGCGUCAACAAGCGGUUCGAAAGCCCCCGGUGAAGGGGGUCAGAGUACCAGCGGUAAGGGGAGCAGAGACUGUCGUAGUUUAACGAGGAGAACGUCAGAGGAGUUGCCAGAGGACGCGGAUUCAAACGGUGCGAAGCGAAGGAAGACAACUCACUGACUUCAGUGUUGGCUCAUUGCUGAAAAUCUGUUCCUGGAUUUCUGGCUAGCAAGGACUGUAUUUUAAAUUAUUCAGUACACCCGGAACCUCCCUUGUAUUGAUACCUCUGCUAUCAGUAGAUCUGUCUCUUUCCCAUCUUGUCCUUAAUUGUGAAGGGGACUUUAUACCUGAUAGCUUUGAGCCUUUGAAAAGAGAAGUUGGGCAGCUGCUUUGCUUGGAAGAGCAGUGAAUUUUGUCACCUAGGAAGUUAAGGUUGUAAAUGUUCAAUGAUGUAUAUUUGUACAGUAUACAAAAUUAUUUUAAGAUUUAAUUUGGCAAAUACAUAACUGCUUGUUUUCUUGUGCAAAUGCUAAUCUCUUAGUAAUGUAAAUUUUUAUGAAGAACCAGAGCAAAGCAAAAAAACCCAAACAACAAACAACCCCAAAUCCACAAAACAGACAGACUUCUUUUCCCCUAAUUUAUUUGACAGCAAAGACUGAACGUUGAAAAUGUGGUAGCAGUGAUUCUUCCCCGUGCUCCACUAGUGCCUCAGGAAAUAGUGAAGGAGAGAAAUUCUACUUGUUUUGUAUAUUUUAUUACCUGUUUUUAUAGGAAUGGAAGAGCUUUCAUUUAUACAAAUGUGCCUUGAGUUUUGCUCUUGCUGCUGCUUCAUCCAUUGGAAUCCUUUGUGUUGCAGAUCAAAGCCCAUGAGGUCUGUUUGGUCCCAGCGAAUCCAUGUGGAAUCUUAGUCAAAGAUCUAGUUAACACUUACCAGUAAUGACACUUGAGUUUCAUUUAGAGCUCUACAGAGAUGGAAAAGGGCAAGCAGUUCAUUCUGGGUGUUGCUGAAGAAUAUAUAACCAGUAAAAUGGGGUGGGGGGGAAAAGCGAGCUAUUUUUAAGAAAGCCUUCAUCUCAUCAUAACAUUUCGCAAUAAAAGUGGCAUUAUUUCUGCCUUUGGGUCGCUGAAGUGUCACUUUGUGGAGUACGUGUCUGUCUCGAGGAGGUGAAGAGCAACAUUUUGUGUGCACAGAGUUUUGCGGCGCCUUGUGAUGUUAAUAGGAGUUGGGUGUGUUGUGAGUGGGACAGGUUGGUAUUUCCACGUGUCAGUGUUGAAUACAGCCUGUGGUGAAGUGGGAGUGUCCUGCUGCCCCUUACUAAAUAACUUGUGCUUAACCAGUGUAAGGGCAGCAGCUUUCCCAAGAGAAAUGAUCUGCCAGGCCUCUCUGGCCAGAAUUGAGCCGUAAUCUUUGGUUAUGUCUGUGUCCCGACGCAUUAAUUGCAAUUAUUAUUGUCAGCUUUGUCCUCUUAACCUGCUGCCAAAGAGGUUAUGUGUUUUAGUGAAAUACAGGUGCCUUACUGUGCAAAACCUCAGGAAGUGGUUCAAACUGCUGGUAAAACUUCCAUCUCUAACACAACCAACCCAGAACAAACAGGCUUUACCAGUACCAGCCGCAUUGUAGGUUUGGGAGGCUCUUCCUUGCUGUCCCACUGCCCAGCUCAUUGUGCUGUGUAGUAUUUUAAGAUAAUAGGAGACAAUCUUUGACGUGCCCAUGAAGUUACAUCAGAAUACAUGCAUUGUUUAGCUUUAGUUUUUCCUUAAUCGCUGCAGCGAACCCCGACCCUGUCAGCAGCACCUGCGCUUCUCAAGUCGCUGCGACUCUUCCUUGACGUCGUGUCCCUUGUGUGAGGAGGAAGGCGGCUGGAAUUAAUCUGGCUGUCAUGAAUUGGACAUUUCGGUCACUGGCAUAUCACAGAAUCAGUGCCCUGUGUGUUAUCUCCCUUUAUGUUAAUAGGAAUAUUUCAAAACACUGUCAUCUUUCAAACCUCUGGGUUCUUCUUGGCAGGGCAGUGCUGACCUGCCUGCUGUUCCUGCUUAGCACAUUCACAAGGCUGCUAUUCGUGCGAGCGGUUGUAGGAUUCUGCGGCUGCAGAAGCCAUUUAGACCAUCUUUAUGGCAAUAAAAUGAAGCUGGCAACGGUGUCAA